AUGAACACAACAGCCGAUAUCUGGUCGAUGUUAGAGGAGGAUGGAGUCAUUCCUAAGCGACUUCAAAAUCUAUCGUCAAAAGCAGAAGGGUUAUGGACGAGGAUUUACGAUUCAACCGGUGUCGAAAUUCUUAGUACUACUUCUUGCUAUCAUAACAUUGCCAAGGCAGGCAUCUACAACGUCACAAUGACUGGUGACGCCGUCUCAAGGGAGCCGCAUUGGGUUCCUAAUUUCAACUACUACGACGGUGCUACGUAUGCCUCGGAUAGACAGGGGUUCUUAAAAAACAAAACGAGUCGAAUUCUGUCGCAGUUCGGUAUAGGAGUUGAAACAAACGAUACAGCGCAACGUGGCAUUUUAAAACUCGACAUCGGCCCUCUGACGGACGAGGAAAAUACUUAUGCUCCUGGACCAGACAAGACUGGCACAGACAAGAGCUUAGACGCUGUUCUAGAUGAAAAGACGGUAGGAUCGAACACGACAUGGGACAUGAGUGAUGGUAAUGGAGUUGUUCAAACAUGGUCGGCGCACGAAUUUUACCGUGCAGUCUUUCUGACCACUCUACUGAUAACAGGGGAUCCUGCACUUGCCAUUCAAAGUGUAAUGACCAGACUUCAUCAGGUGGCUUAUCACGAACUUCUGGAUUACUACGACAUUAGAUACCCAAUCACCACCCUGCAUUUGACCGAGAAACUUAUCCCAGUAAAAUGGUUGGGGCUCGGUCUCGUUAUUGGCAUGGCCGUUGUGCACCUGAUCCAGGUCUUUGUUGUUAUUAUUAUUUUUCUGUCUAGGACUAGACUUUCUGCUCUAGGCAAUGCGUGGCAGGCAGUCGCGCAGGCAACUCAUGUCACGAAGGCUGUUGAGUCAUCUGAGACAGACUUGGAUAAAGAUAUCAAUGUAUGGGCAGAAGCUAAUAGUCACGACAAAGACAUUUAUGUCUUGUCUCCGUCGCCACAAACUGGAAAGGUGGAACUUCGCCGAAGACAGCGAAAGGGCUGA